AUUUUAAUAUUAAAAGUCUCCUACGCAGUACGUCGCUAGUAAUAAAUCUUUAAGUACUUUAAAGCGUCUCCGACGUCGUAAACUUGGGGAAUUAGUUGGUAGUCGGAUGGAAGUUUGCGAUACGGUAAUACUACUCCUUUUGUACGAGUUCUUUCAGUGUUGUAACUAUAUUUGAAGUAAAUUCGAUUAUCUCACAAUCGAUAAAAUAACGAUUUUGAUCUUUAUUUGUAGCUUGUAAGCUUAUAAUUACGAAAAAAAAAUACCUCUGCACCAUAAAUUAUACCUGGUUAAUGUCAAAGGAGAUUUAGGGUUGCAUAAUAAUACCAAUUUCAAAUCCCUUCACUCGCGCCACACACAUUCGUGCGAUCAAUCCGUCACCUCUCUAUCCAUAUUUAUAAUCCCAUCAAUCUUUGCAGCCUACGUCUGAUACGUCAGCCUUCUUUCGGCACUUCUAACGUGUAAUUUAAAAGCAAUAAGUGUAAUAGAAAAUGGCGUGGGGUUACUGGUCAGCGUCCUCGGUGAUGCCCGAUCGCGGUCGUAGUCCACGUCGCGCGGGGACCUCGGUGGUGCACUCUCAUCCCAACCCACCGACGGCCCGAGAGGUGCUGGAGACGCACGACGAAAGUAUCAUACACACCGCGUCGACGUCGCGCGACAGCCGCGAUCAUUCCGCGUCGCCUCACUCGUCAUCUAACGGAGGGCACUCGCAUCACCAGCACGAAGUGAGACACGCGGUGCCCGCUAGUGCGCUAUUCGGUGAAAGUUUCGGAGAGUUGUCGCGGAGACCGUCGCUGGAUUUGGGUUCAGUGCGUAGUGCGUUAGCGUCGUGUUCGGGCGGAGGUACACUGAGCGCGGGGUCGACGCUGACUCGAGGGGGUACGCUGGCCGACUAUCUGCCGCCGACACCGUGUCCGCACCAUCAUCGAGUUUAUGUCGACCAUCACAAACACUACGAGCAACCCAUACAGCCGGUGCACGUCGGCGUGCCGCACCAUGCGCACUCGCACGCCUCCAGUCGACAUCACACUGAUGAUGAAGAUGACCUCGAGCCGGCGUAUGCAACAGUGUUCCCGAAUGUUCCCGCGGCGCCGGGGAUGCCCUGCGCGGGCGAGGACCGAAGCAUAUACAGGAGAGGCGCACGUCGGUGGCGGAAACUAUAUCGUGUCAAUGGCCACAUCUUCCAAGCUAAGCGGUUUAAUAGACGGGCGUUCUGUGCGUUCUGCCAGGAUCGUAUCUGGGGCUUGGGUCGCCAAGGUUUCAAGUGCAUCCAGUGCAAGUUGCUUGUGCACAAGAAAUGCCACAAACUGGUGCAGAAGCCCUGCUCGAAUGAACACGUGGAUCCAGUCGAAGUCAAAGAGGAUGCGAACGGAGAGAGUACACUCGGCAGAGCGUCUUCUGUUCGGUCCCGAGCGGAGCCCGAGCCUUUACCGGAGACACCUCCCGCGCCGCCAGCGCCCGUGCGCGCCGAGGACUUGGAGCCCGGCUCUCAGCGACACUACUCGCUGGAAGACUUCGAGCUCAUUAGGGUCAUCGGACGCGGCUCAUAUGCUAAGGUGCUAAUGGUGGAACUGAAGCGCACGAAGCGAGUGUACGCUAUGAAGGUGAUAAAGAAGGCGCUGGUGACUGACGACGAGGACAUCGACUGGGUGCAGACAGAGAAGCACGUGUUUGAGACCGCAUCCAACCAUCCCUUCCUCGUCGGCCUGCACUCCUGCUUCCAAACUCCAAGCAGGCUGUUCUUUGUUAUCGAGUUUGUGCGCGGCGGAGAUCUCAUGUUCCACAUGCAGCGUCAGCGGCGGCUGCCGGAGGAGCACGCGCGCUUCUACGCGGCGGAGAUCUCCCUCGCGCUGCACUUCCUGCACGAGCGCGGCGUCAUCUACCGCGACCUCAAGCUGGACAACGUGCUGCUCGACCACGAGGGACACAUCAAGCUCACUGACUACGGCAUGUGCAAGGAGGGCGUGCGGCCCGGCGACACGACGUCGACGUUCUGCGGCACGCCCAACUACAUAGCGCCGGAGAUCCUGCGCGGCGAGGAGUACGGCUUCUCCGUGGACUGGUGGGCGCUCGGCGUGCUCACCUACGAGAUGCUGGCCGGCCGCUCGCCCUUCGACAUCGCGCAGGCCGCCGACAACCCCGACCAGAAUACAGAGGACUACCUCUUCCAGGUUAUUUUAGAGAAGACGAUCCGUAUCCCGCGCUCGCUGUCGGUGAAGGCGGCCUCGGUGCUGAAGGGCUUCCUCAACAAGAACCCUGUGGAGCGGCUCGGCUGCGGCGAGGGCGCCUUCCUCGACAUCGUCAACCAUCCCUUCUUCAAGAGCAUCGAGUGGGAGAUGUUGGAGCAGAAGCAAGUGGUGCCGCCGUUCAAGCCGCGGCUGGAGGGCGAGCGCGACCUCGCCAACUUCCCGCCGGAGUUCACCGACGAGCCCGUGCACCUCACGCCAGAUGAUGACAGCACGGUGAUAGCGGACAUCGACCAGUCUGAGUUCGAGGGCUUCGAGUACGUGAACCCGCUGCUGAUGUCGCUGGAGGACUGCGUGUGACGGCACGCCUGCCGCCUGCACCCCCACCCCCACCACCACCCCUACCACCCCGCGCAGGCUUACGGUUACAGCGCUGAGUCGUCGUCGUCCGACUACGACUCAGUGUGCUCCGAGCUGCCGCCGCGCAAGCCCACGCUGCUGCAGCACAUGUUCUGUCUGCCGCUCAACUGACGCACGCCGCGCUCGCCACGCGCACCACGCUCGCCACACUCGCCACACUCGCCACACUCGCCACACUCGCCACACUCGCCACAUGCCACCCCGCUGUGACAGCUGUCGCGCGCGCCGCCUGACGUGCCGGGGGCGCCCGCCUACUGCGACACCUCGCUGUAAACUGUCAACUGUCUACUGUCAACUGUCAACUUUGUAGUUUUUGUAAGGUGAGCGUGAUUAAGACAACCAAAUUAUAUUCGAAUUUGAAUGUAUUUUGCUAUUAAUUGUCAGUUAUGUAAUUCAUUCGAAAUUCGCAGUUUAUAUCAGUAUUUUAUUCAAUUAAAUAAGUUUAUUUAAAUCUCAAUUAUAUAUACCAAAAGCGCUUUCGGUAUAAAAACUAUAAAAUUGACACUUUUCUGGCAUAUGUCGCAAUGACAGCUGUCAAAAUCACCUGCGAAAAUGUGAUUUUAAAUGUGUAAGCAACAGAUUAUGAAAUGCCAAACAGGAAUCAUUGUCGAGUGUGUGAGCAACUUUAAAGUGCGCAAAAGUGGAUUUUAUUUAUUCUUCUUUUUAAUAUUUUGUACUAGGAAACUGUUGACUUGAAGCUUUUGUCUUUUUCUUCAUUUUCAUAGAUUAAAUGUCAUUUUUGACGUUUGGUAACUAAUCUUUGGUUAUAAUAAAAAAAACGAUUAAUAGAAUAUAAUGCGUUAAGAGAAUGUUGAGUUAGACACUGCAAUAAUUUAUUGUAUUAAUUUCUAAUUGUACGGCGUAUUUAGUGUUUUUUUCUAUAAUUUAUUUGCUCUAAGAAUAUUCGUUGUGUAUUAAAAGAUUUUAACAUUCAAAAUGCGUGAUGAACGUUUUAAAUGUGCGUUUUU